AUUUGGUUAACAGCCUCGAGCCGUUGGAUCCGACGUCCAUGAGCUAUUUCUUCGUGCUCGUUCAACAUGUUUCUCCUGGCAACCGUGUGUUUUGUACUUCGUUUUACAGGGUCGUCUCUCGCUGCCUUUGAGGUGAGCGUCCCGCAGCAGAGGGUGCUGGCGGUGCGAGGCCGGCCGGUGGUUUUGGGGUGCAGCUACGCACCCAGCCUCGGCAACAGCCUUGAGGACCUGGUGGUGACGUGGCAGACAGCGGAGGACAACCUGGUCCUGCACAGCUUCUAUUUCGGGCGAGACCAGCUGGACAAGCAGAAUGCCCGCUACCAGAACCGCACCUCGAUGUUCCGUCCCCUGCUCGGCGCCGGAAACGCCUCUCUGAGGCUGGACCGGGUCGGCCCGCAGGACUCCGGGCGCUACCUCUGCUCCGUCGACAGCCUGCUGGGAAAUGGCAAAGCGGAGGUGCAGCUGGAGUACGCGGCGUUCUACACCGAGCCCAGGCUCAACAUCCAGGUCCACCCCAGCAACAUCAGCCUGCAGUAUCAGAGCGAGGGGUACCCCGCGCCCCAGGUCCAGUGGGCCGACUCCACAGGCCGCAACCUGACUGCCCGUGAGGAGCUGUCCGGGCCCGGGGAGGACGGGCUCCUGUCCCUCAGGACCAGCGUGACGCUGAAGGACCCCGGUCCCGGAGUCAACCUGAGCUUCACCCUGAGGAACGCCGCCCUGGGACAGGUGCUGGAGAGGUCCGUCUGCCUCAGUCUGGACCGUGCCGGGCAUUGCACAGACUGCGCCAGAGUGACCAUCCCACUCAUUUGCUUUCUCUGCCUGCUGCUGCUGCUGCUGCUGCUGUGUCUGGGACUGGCGGCCUUCGCAUACUUCCGACACAAGAGGAACGGAGACGGUCGACCAGAGACAAGCUGCGCAAAAAGGCUGGCGGUAAAACGUCCCACUGGUGCCAGUUAAGAGCAACGGUGACCCCAGGGGAUCACAGCACAGGUGUCAGACUCCAGUCUGAUUGGCUAAGGGAUCCGCACACCUUCUCCUCAAGGCCUUGAUUGGCAGCCGAUUGAAAGGAACCCACAAAAACCUGCUGACACUGCACACCCCUGUGGGAUUCAGCUCGACACCCCCUGGUCCUAUGGUAUUGUUCCAUCGACUGAUUAUACUGUAUGUGUUUCAUUGUUUCUCUGGCAGCUACAUACACACCCCUGUUGAUAAUCUAUUGUUAAAUUUUUGUGGCCAAAGCUAUGCGACUACAGCAGUUGGAACAAUGCAACUGACAGACUGAAGCGCUGCUAUUGUUCUUGGAUUCCUUGAAGACACCUCCCUGUAACAAUUGCCUUUCCAUUUGCCUUUCUCAGUUAAAAAAAAAAUGCUAUACAAGUAAGUCUGAAUUCAAUUAAUCCAUCGGUUGUUUUUGUUCCGGUCCUAAAUCGGUCUGUUUUAACUGUUUAUAAAGCAAUAAUAAAGCAUAGCCCUAAUAGCUGGGAUGUGGCAGUCCAAACACCACCUCUUCCUCUGCACACUGGUAAUGUCACAUAUUUAGGAGUCAACAUUUCCCCUAGGCUGUCAGAGUUAGUUAAUCUCAACUUCAACCCACUUUUCAAAACAGUAGAGGACAACCUUCAGCGCUGGAUGAAUCUACCACUAUCCCUCAUAGGCAGAAUUGCCACAAUCAAAAUGAACAUACUACCGAUGAUAAACUACCUAUUCUCAAUGAUCCCCAGCAAGCCCCCACCCUCCUGGUUCAAAUCCCUAGACUCCAUCAUCACAAAAUUCUACUGGAAAAACAAAACACCUAGAAUCAAAC